AUGGACAGGCACGGAAAAUUUUUGGUAGUUCAUCUCCCUGAUAUUUUGACAGCUUCUCACAUAGAGCAUCUCAAUCACAUCACUGGUGGCUUGAGAGAAUCCCUUCUCAAAACUGUUGAUCCUAAAGAUAUCAACAAAUGUUGGAGAGAUGAUGGAUAUAUGGUUCCAGCUGAAGGAGGGGAAUUUGGGGCUGGUAGAAUUACAGUAGCUCCUGCAUAUUUCAUGCAAAGACAGGAGCGACGAGUGGAUCCAUUGGUGACCUCAGAGUCUUACAAAUCAGAGAAGGUCCAACAAUGGUUAGCUGCCUUGACAACAUAA